AUGCGCUGUUGCACUUUUUUCCCCGCGUUUUCAUCCGCCACGCCGCUGCCAUGGUGCCGCGAUCUUGGCAUGGGCGAAAUCGUGGCUGUUAUGCCACCCAAGAACCUGAAUGACGUCGGCGCGAGUCGGCGAGAUGCACGGCUCCGGCCGCACAUCGGAGGUUCUCAGACUAUGGUUGUCACAGACCAGAUUUUCGUUGGACACCUUGGGGUGACCCAGCUUGCGGCAGCUGCUCUCGGCAACACGUACUUCAACCUGAUGUGGUUCUUUCUUCUUGGGUGUUCCACUGCGCUCGAUACGCUGGGCAGCCAAGCGUACGGUGGCAACGACUACAGCUCCCUGCUGACGUGGACCUACACCGCGGGCCUGGUGCUCAGCGCCUUGUGCGGCGUCAUGGCGGUGGGGUUGUGGUACGCUCGCGAAGUGGCCGUGUUUCUGUUCCUGCAGCCCCCGGAGGUGGCGGAACAGGUGGCGCUGUUUUGCCGCUGGCUCAUACCGGGGCUGUGGCCUAUGAUGUGGAGUGUCGUCCUCAUGAAGUUCAUGCAAACUCAAAACUGCAUGCUGGCGCCGGCGGUGGUGGCGGCGAGCACGUGCGCCUUCAACGUACUGAGUAACGCCGUAUUCGUACAUUACCUGGGUUUUAUUGGCGCGCCCAUUGCGACUAGCGUGUCGCGCUUCGUGCAGCUGUUCGUAUAUCUGGGGGUUGUGUUGGUCUUGCAACACAAAAAUCAUCCAGGUGGUUGGGGCAGGUGGUUAGCCCGCAGUCGGCGCUGCUGGACCAAGGCCUUAUCGCCCGGUGUGCUGUACAUGUUCAUGCAGCUGGGGAUACCAGGCGGCUGCAUGCUAGCGCUGGAGGCAGGCAGUUUCGAGAUCACCACCGCCUUCGCCGGCGCCCUGGGCAUCCAGAAGGUGUCGGCGCACUCCACACUCCUCGGGGUGUGCACCUACACCUUCAUCAGCUUCCCAUUCGCGGUGGCCACGGCGGCCACCAUUCGUGUGGGCAAUCUGCUCGGUGCGGGUCGUACACAUCAGGCCUCUUUGGCCGCGACCCUCUGCGUUUUAAGUGGGACGAUCUUUCAGGGUACUUGCGGUGUGGUCAUGUUCCUGCUUCGCUCCCACCUGGGGUUCAUCUUCACGAGCGACCCGGAGGUAGUGGCCAUUGUGUCGACCAUUGUCAUUUUCGGAGUGGCAUUCCAGUUUUGCGACGGGGCGUUUGGAACCAGCCAGGGUGUGCUCAGGGGCAUGGGUCGGCAGCACCAACUCAUGCUGUACAACCUGAUCGGAUUUUGGCUGAUGGGUGUUGCGUUCGGCUGGUGGCUGACGUUCAAGGCCAAGCUGGGCCUUACGGGCCUCUGGAUCGGCAUCGACACGGGCGACCUUGUGGCUGCGGGCUUGUGUGUCGUCACCUGGCUGCUCGUGGACUGGAAGAAGGAGGUGGCCAAGGCUCAGCAGCAGAUGGCCGUGGCACAUGACCACAAGGCUGACGUGGGCCACGUGGAGGGCGAGCCAGAUGAUUGGCAUGACUUUUUAUUGCCGUACAAACACGAGUCGCUGACGGGAAUUGAUGACGGCAAUUGCGGCGGCGGCGGCGGCGGUGACGGCGGCGCUGCUGCUCAAGGGUUGGACCCCUUUAGCCAGGCGCUGUUGGGGCAGUCUCCAUGCAAGAAUCCCUUCGGAUCGCCGCGGUUUGCAAGCCCUCGCUUUCGGGGUGCCUGA